ACUGUCGCAUAAGUUUCCUUACAUACCUUUACCAAUGUUCCUAUACAUAUACGAACGAUAAUGUACACUCACAAUGAUUUUCUCUCUCCUCCUUCACCUCUCUUUUUCUUUCUUUUUGCUCUCUUUUUCUUGCUUAGCGCUCUUUACUCUCUCACACGUCUUUGACAAUCUUGUCGCUGCUGUUGACACAGCGAUCGCUCGCUCGACCGUUCUCUUUCGUUUCCCACUUCGAACGUGUAUACGAAGGCAAGAACGUGAACACGGUGCACCGCACAGCGGUUCGCGCAUCCUCUCGUGCCACGUCUCCUUCUCUUUUCCGUCUCUCAUCUCUUUAUUUUCUUAAUUUAUUCACUAUUUUCUGUCUAAUGUCAUAACGCGACUUCAUACGUGUUAUCUAUAACAGUGUUUUUUCGUUGACGUUCAUUUUAUUAUUGUCAACGUCAGCAUUGUCACCAUCGUUUUCGUCUUCGUUGUCACCCCCCACCCUUCUAUCCUUCUUCAUCAUCGUAAUCAUCAACAUUGUCCUUAUUUUCCUGCUUGUCUUCAUCGUCGUUAUUGCUACUGUCAUCGUGGUCGUCAUCGUCGUCAUUGUUUCUACGUGGGCGACUGUGCCUGUGAACGUCGUUAAUGGAGAAUCGUUGCUGCGGUGGCUGUCGAUUAUGAUCCGUGACUCUGCAACUUCGUCUCUGUCGCGCCCGUUUCAUCAUUUCAACCACUAGCUUCGCAGCAAGAAGUGGCCUAUACCUCGUUCCAUUUGUACGCAUAUUGUGUACUUUUCUGCCGCAUUCUCGUAGUGCAGUGCCGCUGUUGUCGCGAAAGUGGCAUACUAAGGAACACGCUGCUACCCGUUGAGUGGCAGUUACUAGGAUGUGGCGUAUCGGGGGAGAUGGAACAUAUCACCUCAAAGUAUUGGUCCCUGGAGUGGCUGCUGGGGCAAUCAUUGGAAAAGGAGGAGAUACAAUUGCCCAAUUACAAAAAGAUACAGGAGCUAGGGUCAAAAUGUCUAAAUCCCAUGAUUUUUAUCCAGGAACAACAGAGAGAGUAUGUUUAAUUACGGGCAGUUUAGAAGCUAUAAUGGCAGUUAUGGAUUUCAUUAUGGAUAAAAUUCGUGAAAAACCAGAUCUUACAUUGAAAACAACAGUAGAUUUUGAAUCAGGAAAAACUACUGCAGAAAGGGAUAAACAGGUAAAAAUUUUAGUGCCUAAUAGCACUGCAGGAAUGAUAAUAGGUAAAGCAGGAAAUUAUAUUAAACAAAUAAAAGAAGAAUGUGGCUCAUAUGUUCAAAUAAGUCAGAAAGCAAAAGAUGUAUCUUUACAAGAAAGGUGUAUAACAGUAAUUGGAGAAAAAGAAAAUAAUCGUAAUGCAUUAAUGAUGAUAUUAGCAAAAGUGGCAGAUGAUCCACAUAGUGGUACAUGUCCAAAUGUUAGUUAUGCAGAUGUUAGUGGUCCUGUAGCUAAUUAUAAUCCUACAGGUAGCCCUUAUGCUCAAGCACCUACAAGUACUCCUACAUACACCUCUACAGCUGGCAUUAAUACAGUGAGUCUCUUGAAUGGUGCUGGGUUAAGUUUGAACUUAAAUUUAGGAGCUGCUAUUACAGCGGGUACAGCACCAGUGACAACGCAAUUAUUGGAACAUAUAAAAUUAAAUUUACGAACGGCAGGUUUUUCCGAACCUGCUGCUAGUGAAAUUUUAUCUGCUAUUGCUACACUUGCUAAAUAUAAUCUUCUUGGAAUGGGAAUUGGAAUGCCUUCUAGUAUGAGUUAUCUUGGAAAUCCUAUGGACAGCACUACAACUGCAAAUGGUUCGAAUAAUAAUGGUGGUGUAUUUGGGCCAAUUGGAACAGUUCCUACUCUUGGAUCUACGUCUCCUACACCACGUAAUACACUUGACAGAUACGAGCCCUUUGAUCCAUUCAGACAAAACAACACAGCUGCCAGUGCUAUUCAUCUAAACAACAAUUCAUUUGGCCUUGGCACUAACCAGUUAUCACUUGUAAGUAAGAGUCCUACACAGGUAGACGCCAACAACAAGGAGACCAAGAAAGUAGACAUAGAAAUUGCAGAGGUUAUAGUGGGAGCUAUUCUGGGACCCGGUGGUCGUGCCCUCAUUGAGAUUCAGCACCUAAGUGGCGCCAACAUACAAAUCUCUAAGAAGGGCAUGUUCGCUCCUGGUACCAGGAACCGCAUAGUGACUAUCACGGGUUAUCCUAAUGCAAUUGGCACUGCUCAAUAUUUAAUUGAGCAAAGGAUCAGUGAAGAGGAAGCAAAACGAGCACGUCAGAAUGCCCUCGCCAAUAUGAUCCAUUGAUUUCAAGUACAGCACUUUUGUUCAUCCCCAUUAUUGAGCUCCGUUAUUCAUCUUUCUACAUCUUGAGAUGAUGUUUGCGGUAGCUCUCUCUUCCCUUCUUUAAACUCUCGUCCAUUAUCACCUACCACCCGUUGUCAUCUGUCGCUACAUCACUAUAGCGCUUGCAUUAUCACAUCACUAUUCAUGCAUCCAUCAUGGUUCGUCAACAUUUAUCUAUCUUUUAAGAUUAUUAUAAUAUAUAAAUAUUAUAUGUUAUAUGAUAACUACUACAAUUGUUCUGUGAUACACCACGUUACGGGGCUUUAUCACAAAUAACACACGUACCACAUCAGAGUCACAUAAUAUAUCUAGUUGUAUGGUAUAAUAGGAUAUUGAAAGAAGCAUGAUAAAAUUAUAAUUAUAUUAGAAACGAAAUGGCACAAUUUGGCCAUAGUUGUUCUUGAAAAAUCGAGACAACAAUAUUAUAUGGGUAAUUGUUUCGUUUCAUAAAGAUGAAUCUAUUUUUUUUUUUUUUUUAUAUAUAUAGGAGCAUAAUCUUACUAUUAAUGCGAGAGAUAUUUUUAGUUAGAAGAUCAUACAGAACUCACAAAUUGAAUGACUUCAAUCUGAAAGAUUAAUAUCCUAAUGUAUCGCGCAAGUCAAAUUCUAUUCAUUUCCACAAAAUAAUAUUGCAAUUAUUGUAUUGAACUGUUCCUUGAACUACGAAAUGAUUAGGCUGUUUGAGCGAGUUUUUACUCAUAGUUAAUAUAAUAUUGAGCGAGUUUUUUUAAGUACAGAGUAAUACCUUGGCAAAACCAAAGAUCUUACAUUUGUAAAGCAGAAAUAACUUGGCUGGAAGAUAAAUA